GCUCAUGCCAUUCAUUGUUCAUCCUGAAGGAUGAAGGAUCGUGCCAAGACUUGGUCUCAUGCACAGCCAACGUCACAGCCUCGCUGCGUCUACCUUCACUUCUGUCCACGAGCAGGCACAACAUGAACGGUGCAACUCCACAUGCCACAUUCUCUGCACACAAGACUUCAACAACGCACACUGAUGCUGAUGGAAGCUCUCACACACAACGAUGGAAGCUGCGCCUCCUAGCUACGAACAUGCCACCUUAGUCGACCUCUGGGACAUCAUAGCCCGGUACAUUCCUUCUGCAGACCUUUGUUCAGCAUCACUAGUGUGUAGCAGAUGGCACGCCACUUUCACGCCUCAUAUAUGGGGCAAUCCAGCUUCACAUUUUGGCGUCGAAAAUGACGCCGUCUAUGUCGCUCUCACGCGGUUCCGAAGAACACUCCAGACCGCACGACUUUUGGUUAGAUCAUUGACGCAUACAUUGCAUCUACCCCCUGCACAUGCAGAGCUAUACAAUGGACCGCACUCGGACUGGCUACGGGAUCUGAUAGAGAGGCUACCGAAUCUUCAGUCUCUUAUCGUACGAGGUCUACCAUUCUUCGAUUAUGCGGCUUUGCAGGCUUUGGUGCUUAUGCGAAGGAGGUCUGAGGAGCGACCAUAUUCGCCUGGCAGACUUAUAGAGCUACCGGGCUCCAGCGGAAUGGCAUUUCAGAGGCCUUUGACGACAUUGAAUACGAUCCCUACUUUUCAUUUGCGGCUGCUCGAUGCAUCUCGAUGUCCGAACGUGACUUCAAGUAGUCUCGCAGCAGCGUUGAGCCGGUUUGAAAGUCUACUAUACCUGGAUCUAUCAUUCACAUACCCCGCUCGAGAUCCUAUGGUUCUCACUACAAUUGGGAAGUUUGCUGGACUUCAGGUUCUGAAGCUUCGGGGAGUGAGUCUGAAGGACGAGAAUGUCGAGGUCCUCGCUCAGUCAGUUGGCUUAAGAGUACGAAGUCUUGACAUCAGAGACAACCAGGUUUCAGAUCGUGGCGUCAGGACUUUGUUGGAGAAUUGCUUCACUAGGACUGCUGGUCAGCUUGAUGGGUCAUCGCCGCUGGCGGCAGGCCAACGUUCGCCAAACUUGUUACCUUAUCUGGGCUCCGAAAUGCUUGAGAUCUACCAAGGCGAGGACUUCGAAGGCUAUCUACGUAAUGCGUUCACAGGCAACUUCGUCAGCCGCCUCGCUAUUGAGGAUGCCCCAGCAGGUGGUCUCACGCACCUCUACAUCGCCAACAAUGGACUCACUGUGGAAGGCGUAUCAGGACUUGUAAGGUCAGGCAGGCUUCACGUAUUGGAUAUUGGAUCGGUGUCUGCUGCAAGGAUACGACGUGUUUCUUCAGACGGAGAGGAAUGGUACUCAGAUGACGAUGUGCCAGGUGCAGAAAAGCUGACUCCAGUUCUUGCAAAGCACGCUUCAGAGGCCAUGUCAUUUCUCAGGAUCGACCACAGUCUGAUCACAAAAGAUGCACCCUGUUUCAAAACAGAGGAAGUCGUUCACGGCCGUGUAGAACUGGCAGAUACUGCUCUGCCACCACUACCCUCGCACACAGCGGAGCUGGAUAGCCAUUCUGUCAGACCGCAAACAUUUGAGCUUCCGACUGAUGAGCAGACACCACGUUACGAGCUCGAGGGCGAUCCUAUGCAACUCGUAGUCUCAGCUGCUGCUGAUGACACCUACAAGAUUGAAGUACCUGACGAUAGGAGUGGUCUCCAGCUCAAUAGGCGUGACAGCGAGUGUCUCCCGGAAGUCGUUGACGAUGUCACUCACGACAUGGGCAAAACCCACCUGAGUCCCAACUCUGCCUUCGGUGAGGCCACAAUGACCGCUACAGGGUUUCCAAGUUUCACAACAUCAUCCACCUCGUGCAGCCCAGCCAUCACUCCGCCACAGACGCCAAGGCCUCGGAGUUACUCGUCAAUGGGCACGGAGCGACAGGCGAGACUCAAUGCCCACAUAGCGCUUGGUCACAAUCUGCAUCCUGCAAUGUUGCCUCACGUGAAAACCCUUGUGCUCACAAAUGUGCCAAUUACCUCUACCAGCAAAGACGUGGCCGAUCGCAUCAUUCGGUUCCUUGAGAAGUGUGCAGAAGAAGCCUCAUUCGCCCGCAAGCAAGCUCAGCUUGACUACGCGUUACCACCGGGCCGCAAAGGCCAUCAUGCCACUUUAAAGCACUCGGAGACCAAGAUCUUCGCUCUCAAACGACUAGUUCUGGAGAUGAGCCAAAAUGAAGCCCCAACCUCCAGCAAAGCUAGUCCUUGGCAACACCAAGGUACCAGAUCAAUGACUGACGAUCGAGACUCUGAAGUUCUGUGGAAUGCUGCCGCGACAGACUUCAGCUUCUUUGGAGAAGAAGAGAACAUGUUCCCGACCAUUGAAGGCGGACGUUUCGCACACCAUGGAGCAUCUGAGAAAGAGGUCAACUUCGGCCAAUCUGCGAAUCAGCAUUCAAGUAAACAUUCUGCUGAGAUAACUACCUUCGACACUAUUUCGGCGAUUUCAAGCUUCAGAAAAGAUCGUAAACGAGUUCAUCAACAGAAAAUUGAUGCGGGGAAUCUGGACGCCGAGACGGAAGGACUUUGGAAUGGGGUCGUGCAAGUUGUACGCGCGAAUGCGACGAUGAGAAGUGAUGAGGAGAUGGACUACUAUGGUAACAAAUUCACGAACAACUAUCUGUAUCGAUAAGGUCGGAGUGGCGGUCGUUGGAUGACGAAGAAUUCGAUUGGACGCAAUCGCAGGUUGUAAUACGAACUCCUAAUGCAAUAUACAUGCGAUACCCA